UAGCCAAGACUAUGGCUAUCGUAUCCGCUGUGUUUGAGAUUAGAUCUGAUUAUUCUAUUAAUAUUAUCUCGGAUUUUAUCUAUGGUAACAGGCGCUAUCCUGAUCAUUCUAUUAAUGAGAUAUACCGACGAUUGCAAACUUGGACUUAUUUGAAGGAAGAUGAAGACUUCUGGGGAGUUACUAAGAGUGAGGAGGUGCCUGCUGAUGGUAUUUCCAGCAUUAAUAAAACAGAUCUAAAAUGCAUUGAAAAUUAUGCCACUGCUAUUGAAUCCAAUUUAAAAAUGGCUGAAAUGAUGAGAGUUCUCAUUCCACUACCACGUUCCUGGACACGUUCAUUAAAAAAAGAACUUAAUACUCUCAGAUGCAUGUUUGAAAAUGCUUGUCAAGGAAUGCAUAAGCACUGCACAUAUUCAUUUGAUAGAGACACACUUGUUGAUAUCUUCUAUAGACUACAAGAAGUUAGUAUUUGUACUGUUGAGUUACUACAAAGUGUCAAGAAUGUUGCAGAUUUUUGUAAACAAUUGUCUUCUACUGCUUCUAAAAGUUGCUUUAAUUGGUUUCUUAAUCAUGUCUUCGGCCCCAUUUUUAGAAAUGUAAAGGACUCGAUCUUCAAGUUAAAUGAAUCAAUGCAAGCAAACCUCCACAAAUAUUAUGCUGCUAGUGUAAUGUAUGAUGUUAUCUCGAUCAUCAUUGCUCUUUUGCUGUUCAUCUGUCAAUCCUCUCUUGGAUCUGCUACUGAUAUGAAGCAGUUGAUGAUAUUUGCCACUGUCAUUCACCUUAUCAUUUCUGGAGAUGUUGAAAUUAAUCCUGGACCAGAAUAUGAUGCAGCAGAUCUCUAUCAAAAGAAGCCGAAGAUUUCUGAUCUUCAUAGAAUUUUCGUUAAAUCUAAAGCAGCAAGUACCUGGAAGACGAUUGAUAUAGCACUAGAAACAGAAGUGGAUGAUUCAUUGAUUGAUGGUUCAAGCUCUGCUGCAGAUAAGCUUGGGUCUGUUUUUAAAAAGUGGAGACAGAGAGGUAAAGAUUUCACGUGGGGAAAGAUUAUUCAAGUUUGUGAAGAUUAUGAUGAGCUUGGAGCAGUUCAUCACGCCAUCUUUGAGUUUUUGUCAUCUCCUGAAGCACACAGCGAGUAUGGAAGUGAACCUGACUUUGACCGUACUUUCACUGGAAGUAUGACGAUACACAAGGAGAGCAGCAGGAAGAAUCAAAAUGAAUAUUCGAACAAAAAAGCGUAUGGAUUACUGAUAACCCUCAAUGUACUACUUGUAAUUGCUGUUAUAUUACUUUUGGUCUUGUGCAGCUUCAUUUAUCAAAUACAUACCUUACUCUUGCAGGGCCAGGGCUGGCCCCGUGAGACUGCAUGUAGGACUGACUGUGAAUGCUGAGAACAUUCCUUUGAUACACUGCUGCAAUUAUAUUAACAUAUGUAUUGUUUUUGUGCUUGACAUAGUUUGUUUUUAUCACAAUAAUAAUUUUCGUAAUUUCAUCAUUAA